GUAUUGGACAGUCUUUUCUUUUCGAAUUUUGAUUUAUUUCUUAAUCAAAAAAAAAAAUUAUUAUUUUUCUUUUUGAUUAGGGAACUGUUCAACUUGGGAUCUGUCCGAUCCUUCCCACCUGUCUGCUGCCUACCUGUUCCUCCCCCUUCAGUCCGGGUACUGGGCCAGUCCGUCAGAUUGGCCCUCAGGUGACUCUUCAGACUUCGGGCACAACAGUGCAUGACACUGCUCACUCGAUCACAGACCAAGGCCAUGGACCGGAAGGCGGGAGAAUCCCUCCUGGCCUAUGAGGAACGCCUGGCGGUAUUCAUUCAGGAGGCCAACGAUAGGGCCGCCGCCGCGGCCAAGGAACGUCAUCGGCUUGAACAAGAGGAGGAGGCCAAGCGACAGAAGGAGGAACAGGACCGACUUCGUCAAGAGGAGGCAGACCUGCAGGCGGCAGCCGAACACCGGUCACGCCAGCGGGAACGACUGUUCACGCGGGAGACCGUGAUCGGCGAUGAGGCCGUACAUUGGCAGGAGGAAAUCCUUCACCUGCAGCAGACAGUGGACCAGAUGUUCGCAUGGCUGCAGGCGUUGGAAAAACAGCCAGCUGUUGUAGCAGCCGCAGGGCCUUCAAACCUUGCCACCCGUGUUCAAGUUUUGGAGGACGACGUCAGCAAUAUCAAGCGUGAGCAUCAGGACUUCAGGACAUCGAAGCAAGCAACGAACUUGCAGUUGGAGAUGCAGGUCCAGGCUGCUGCCACCGUGACGCCCGCCGCUGCAUCCUCCAGGCGCCCACCCAAGCUAGAUGACAUUCCAGUCUUCUGCGAUCAGUCCAAGACGGAAUCGAUCCCGUGGUGGCGCCAGCUUACUCUCAGGCUUGACAUGCACCAUGUCCCGAACAACGAUCGACAUCCGUGCUUGUACCACCGAUCUGGUGGUGCGUGUCAAGCAUGGCUGGGCAACAUCUUGACCAGCCACGACGUAGCAGUGUCAAAACUACACACCAAGCUCACUUGGCAGGAGUUGACUGACGCCUGGCACAAGCGAUUCCAAGUGGAGCCGACCGACCUGCAAGCGAUGGACAAGCUCAACAAGCUCCAUCAUAACACGCUGCUCAGUCAGGACAGGAUUACCGAGUUCCAAAGACUCACCUCCACACCUAACCUGCCGCUCGCUUUCCACGCCAUCAAGCACUUGUUUAUCAUGCGCUCAUGUCCAGCUCUGCAAAACGCGCUGACUCAGAUUGCGGAGACACUCGACACAUCUGACAAGCUUUUCAGCACAGCGUCACGGAUCAUUCUCACGAAUAUCGAAGCCCGCAACGUCGGCCGAUCUUCCGCGAUGACGAGCGGCACCCAGCCCAAGCCAAAGGUGACUUGCAUUACUUCUACCGAGGCUGCAACACCAAACGAGGGUGAAGUGUUGGCAGCUGCCCGGGAUGGUGGCCGGCCGCGCAACAACCACGGCCGCGACAAGACGAAUACUCAGUCCACCUCUACACCGAGCACCGGAUCAGCAGCCGACGAACCUUGGGCGCAAUACGGACUCUCGGCGAAUUUCUAUCGCACGCGACUCAAGUACCGGUAUUGCCUUUGGUGCAACAGCACCAUACGAUGCUGCACAUUGCCCCACCAAGGGGAAACCCCGUCCGGGAAAGUAGGCGCCGCGGAGGGUGACUCGACACCUCCCUCAACGCCACCGGAAGCAGUUGUGGCCACAACCGCCCUUUCUUCCGAGGCAUAUGUGGAUGUCGGGAGUCUUCCACUUUCGUACGAAGACUUCGCUGCCCGGCUCGUUCCUUCACUAGAUGCUUCUCAAGGACAAGAUACAUGUGCAGCUUUCUCACCGCCCGAAGGUUCUUCCGCCAGUUCGUCUUCAUCAAGGGAUUCCGCAAGCGUGUUCAACGAGGAGGCUUUGGACCCUCUCACGCCCGAGGAUUUCGCUUGGGUUCCUCUCCCUACGACGGGCAACCUUUCAGGGCCGCAAAGCGCAGCCCUAUGCGCCCUCUUACACAAGUAUCUUUCCUUCCAUGCACCACCAACUUCGCCGACGGUAGACGAAGUCGCGGUGGGGGACAUGCUUGGCUAUGUUGCCAAGGUGGCCCGCGAGUUUGUCUCGCAACGGUACGAAGAAAACAACGCACCGUUGCUCUACGUUCGCAUUCAGAUUGGGCAAGCGGCCUGCAACGCUUUGCUAGAUUGCGGCGCAACUCGCAACUUCAUCAGCCAGUCCUUCAUGACUCGGGCUGGUCUUGGCGCACAACUACGGAGGAAGUCACAUCCAACGACGGUCGCUCUUGCCGACGGUAAGACGAAACARCUUUUGGACCGUUACAUCUCGGCUGUCCCGGUGUACUUUGCACCGCACGCAUGUGAACCCGUCACUUUUGACGUGUUGGACACCGACUUCGAUGUCAUUUUGGGGAUGCCUUGGCUUUCUAGCGCGGACCACACGGUCAAUUUCCAUCGACGCACGCUCACGAUUCGUGAUGCAACUGGCGCCGAGGUCCCGUGUACUAUUCCUCCUCCUCGCUCUUCCAUUCGGUGCCAAGUCGUGAGUGCCAAAUCUUUUCGAGACACAUGCCAUUCUGAGCAUGUGGAAGAGAUUGGCAUCACUUUUCUUCGAACCGUCCCGACGACCGAUUCAUCGUCCACGGAUGUGUCUUCCGACCCCCGUGUGACCCGGUUGUUAGACGAGUUCUCGGAUGUUUUUGAGACACCCUCCGGUAUAGUGCCGGACUGGCCAAUCUCUCACGAGAUCAUACUUGAGGCCGCCGUCGUGCCACCGAAAGGAUGCAUUUAUCGCAUGUCCGAGGAGGAGCUCACGGCGGCCAUGACCAUCGAGUUUCGCGCUAUGGUAGACCGCUUCGUCUUGGUCUACUUAGACGACAUCCUCGUCUAUAGCCGAACUCUCGAGGAGCAUCUCGAGCACAUUCGCCGUGUUCUAGAUACUCUUCGGUUAGCACGGUACAAAGCUUACCGCGACAAAUGCGAGUUUGUCCGGCAAGAGCUUGAAUACUUGGGUCAUUUUGUCUCUCCAGAAGGCAUUCGUCCGUUGGCGGACAAGAUUCAAGCCAUCCAGGAGUGGCCCGAGCCGAAGAAUGUGACGGACGUCCAAUCCUUUCUCGGCUUGGCCGCUUAUUAUCAGCGUUUCAUCAAGAGUUACUCAAAGAUCGUGGCCAACCUAAGCAAGUUACAAAGUGAGGAGCGGCCUUUUGACUUCGAUAACGACGCUGAGUUGGCUUAUAACUCAUCGAUCCAUCCGGCUAUCGGGAUGUCGCCAUUCGAGUUUGAGCACGGUUCACCCAUCUCAUCGCCGCUGGACGCCACUUUGCCACGCACAGCCGAGAGCGACGACCAUCUUGCGUUCCUUCGUCGCAUGCAAGAGCUUCUUGUCAAGGCACGGGAUCAGAUGUCGAAGACGCAAAUACGGAUGAGCCGUCAAGCCAACCGCAAUCGCCUUCCUUGCCCAUUCCGCGCCGGCGAUCUGGUUUGGGUCUCCGCCGCGGAGUUCAGCCUCGAGCAAGACAUCUCUCGCAAGCUCCUUCCCAAGUGGAUGGGGCCUUGGCGCAUUAUCUCCGCAGUUGGUGAUGAUCCCGAGGGGCCUUCAUUCCGCAUCGCGGUGCCACCUCACUUGCCCGUCCACACGGUGUUCCACUGUUCCAAACUCGCUCCUUUCGUCUCAGCGGAGUCCGACGAGUUUCCCGGUCGACGUAUGCAAGACCCCCCUUCCAUGGACGGAUUCCAGGAGGCCGGCUACAUCAUCACCGACCGGCGCCAUGGCAACAAAGAAACAGAGUUUCAUCUUCACUUUUCCUACUGCAGCCACAAGGCUGACCGUUGGCUGACGCGUUCGGAACUGCAGGCCACAGCUCCUGCCGUUCUCUCACGUUAUCUUAGCAAAGGGAAGACUACGCCGAGCACUCCAUCUCCUCGCCUUCCUCGCUACAUUCCGCCAAUGGAUCGGCAGCUUCGCCCGCGCCCCGGCUCGUCUUCAUAAGGAGGGGGGCGUGUUACAUGCUGAAAGCCUACACACGGGCCCCUCACGGGACCCGAGGGUGGAAUAGGGCCCCCAGGUCGCGUCACCGCAACC